UUGACAACCCUGAUUUGAUGGCGAGGGCUCGCUACCCGCAAUAAGUUAAUGUGUGCUAAAUUGUAAUUAAACUACGUAGCAGCUUUGUAUUGCGCGUGUGUGCGUGGUAUUGGUAGUCCGUCGUGCCUGCUAACUGCUCGUGUUUCUGCUUUAGGGGGCAGCUGCAGUUGUACCACAAUCGCAGUGCGCGUGUGUAUGAGUGUAUAUAUGAGUGGGAACGGAAAAAGGCAAAAUCCAAAGACAGCGCUGAGCCAGAGGUCAAAAGUGCAAACACAGAACUGCUUGUGGAGUGCAUACAAUGGAUGGCAAGGCCGAAUGUCAGGAGUCAAAUCGACUAAGCUCCAUAUAGUUAUAGUGGAAAGGGGGAGAACAUUGCUGCCUGGUAUCUGCGCAUAUAGAAGAACAUGUCUAUACAUAUAUAUGUACGUUUUCCUUGCUGAUAAGCAGCUCGAGUGAGGUAGAGAGAGAGAGAUUGCGCGUCAGCUGUUCAUUGUUUUGGAUGUGUGCGGCGCAGGUUAUGUGCGUUUCGCAGCUUCGUUCUCCGAUCAGUUACGUUUGUGGAAUGAAACCGCUCGUUCUGCGCUCGUUCUGCCCGCUUUGUUUGCCUUCCAUCAUAUCCGCGUGUGUUUACGAGUAGUUUGGGGGCUUCACUAUCAAGGAGCUACAAGCGUCCACUGACGUCUCGUUCUGACGUCCGUAUCCCCAGCCAACCCCACGCGCGAUUGUGUGUGUGCGAAUAUUGUUAUUAUUGUGCUGUGUGACGCAUAUAACGGCAAAAUCGGGGCGUGUUUGCCAUUAGAGAAUCUUCAAUCGGACAGGUGUCGAUGACGGAAAGCUGAAGGUGUCGGGCAUUGUAAACAAAUCAAAAUCUUAAAACCGUGAUAUGUCUCUAUCAAAUAAUCGCUUAUGUUAGUAAUUUAGAUAAUAGAAUGACAAGGACACACAGGACAAGAUCUAUAGAGAAUUAAUAAAUGUGCUAAUCGCGAGGCAAGACAAAACAUAUUUUUUUUGAUCAAGUUUCUGAGAACGUUUACAUAUUUUGGAACGAUGGAAAAACCCCAUCCAAAUUAAAAAAAAAGUCAGCGCCAGCUAUUAAAAACCAUUGCUACGCAAGAGACAUUAAAAAACCAUUAAAUGUGCCCUCGCCAUAUCGACAUAAUCAUCAACCGCCAAACUUUUUAGUUCAACAGUAAACUAUUUGCAUAGGCAUCCCCUGGCACCUGUUGAAAAUGAUGCUGAAUAAACACGAGGGAUACCAACGUACAAGCCAAAUGUUUCCCCACCAGCUGCCGCAGCUGCACCAGCAGCCUUAUCUGCAACAGUCUCUGUCCCAGAACUUCCAGCAAUUGCAGUACGCAACGGGAGCAGGUGCGUCAGGGUCCGCAGAGGCUACUGCAGACCUGCUCAAGGCGGAGCGGGAGUCCAUCCACUCCGGUCAGUUUAUGGUCUCGCACUUCGAGGCAGAGGAGGCGCAGGACGACCUCGAGGAUGACGGCGAGGUGAAGAUGCUGGACCCUGAGGACCCCGGUCUGGGCAAGCCGGGCGAGCCAACCAACACAUGUCGUGACGUGCAGCUGUACGUACCCCAGACAGUGGCCCACUUCAGCGCCAUGGACCAGGAGGGCGACGAGAGCAGCAUGAGCAUGGUGACCUCCCACCUGGAGAUAGAGACCUCGCUCACCAAACUCUUCAAGUGCAUGAAUCUGGCCUAUAGUCAAAAACUUACCUCGCCCAAAUGGAAUCAUUUCAAAGGAGUGCGACUUCGGUGGAAGGACAAAAUUCGCCUAAACAAUGUCAUCUGGCGUUGCUGGCACAUGCAGUUCAUACAAAAGCGCAGAACCCCGGUGUGUCAAUUUGCGUCGCCGCUGGACGUUGAUAUACAUAGUAAUCCUCAAACUGUUGUUCUUGAAGGCAAAUACUGGAAACGGCACUCAGCUGUUAUAAAAGCCGAAUACAGGAAAUGGCGCAGGAACUAUAGGUCGAAGGCUACGGGCUGUUUAACAUAUGAUUCGAAAAGCGAAUUGGACUUUUUGGAAUGGUCGCCUUUGAACGAUAGGAAUUUAAUGCCAGACGAUUGGACCACAGACACCUUAUUCUCGGCUAUAAACGUUCCAUUCCCAUUUCCAGAUUCGAGGGAAAUUGCACGCGGCGCGGGCAUCGCGGACUUUAUACAGCCCAGUCUUGGUCCCUUGCAACCGAAUUUAGAUGACAUCGACAUUAGCUUUUCAGACUUGAUUCCAACCACACGCUUGCCUCCAGUUCCAGAAGAGGGGACCGACGCUGAAAUGCUCAAGAACGACGAAUAUUGCCUGUCAGCGAUUGUCGGGGCUCCUCAUACGCUGUAUUGCAAUGAUAGCAUAAUGGAUGUGGUAAACAGCAGUAACAAUGGCGCUGUAAAUGUGGAUGCUAGCAUGCUUGAGCUUAACACCCCCAUAAAUAACGUGUUGUACAGUGAGGUGGAGCAACGAUUUUCUGUUGCACGACAGGUGCAGCAAUCCAACAAUGAUUCUCAGCUUCUCGGGGACCCGGGAUCAAUGUCAGGACGGAUACACGGAGGGAAGCAUUUUGGAACUGCUAGUGCAAACGAGAACAGCAGCAAUAGGUGUGUUAUAAACGGUCGCGUGGCCAAGAGCACUCAGCGGCCAUUCCGACGCGAGCCCCACAAUUACGACAAGGCCCAGCCCACAAUGCACCAGACGAACCUGUAUCAGCAAAUGCUGGCCGAACAACAGAAGAACCAGCAGCAGCAACACGUGUUAGCGUCUUCUUUUCAGACUUCCCAACAACAGCAGCUGGCUCAACAGCAACCCUUUUCGGCCCAGGCAACAAACGCCUUUAAUAAUCAGAGUUUUAUUAGCAGUUACGCAGAUAACUAUCAGCAUCAGCAGCAACUCAACGUCAAGGCAGAGCCUCUUCAUGCCGAAGUGCUGUCAUUACUAAACGACAAUGCAUACAAUUCUAUUGGCUACAAGCCCUAUCCGCAAUUUAAGAAGUCCGCCUCGACGGGAACUUUCCUUAAUGUCCCCAGACAGACGCAGCAGCAGCCAAGUUAUCUGCAGCAAGAGCCCCCGCAAAUGCAACAGUCCCUUCCCGUAGGCAUGGCAAAUCAACAACUGUUGCAGCUUACGCGUCAGCAGCAGGUUAGCAAUACACAGCAACAGCAGCACCAAACCACAGUGGCUAGCUUGUUGCAGCAGCAGCAGCACCAGCAGCAAAACCAUCAGCAACAGCAACUACAAACUGCUGUCAGCUCAGCCACAUGGGUUUCGCCUAAUACCAUUUUACCUAAAGAAAUCUAUCGCUCCAACAGCUUACCACUGAAUGUUUCCCUUAAUAAACUACCCGAUGGUCGCCAGCUGCAUCAUGAGCAGCCCUUCGCAGUGCCCAAGUAUCACUCCAAGGGCAAGUCAAGGGUGCGGAGUAAUUCGAUGCACCAGCAACACACUUCAGUGGUGUCUGCUGCUGGAGCUGGAAGUUCUUCAUUAAGCGCACAUAGUUGCAGCAACCUGCUGGUCACUCAGCAAAUGCAGCAGGCAACCAGCGAUCCCAUGCUAAACAGCACCCUGGCUCAACUGCUCACUUCGAAUUCACGCCUACAAACAGCAAUGGCGAACAGUUCGUCAUCAAAUUCAUCUUCCGUCAGUGCCAUAGCCACCACUAACAGCAACAAUGCUCCUCCGGUUCAUUACGCUAACGUCACAUCGCCGUUGUCGGUUCCGGUUCCAACACAUCAACACUCACCAAAAAAGUCCGCCUCCUUGCCUAUGGCUAUCAACUCUGCAUUGCACAGUCCCCCUAUAGGAAGUAAAAUACACGGUUUUGGGCUGGCCACAGCUAACAUGGGCAGUAAUAGCUUGAGUUUGUCACCAGAAUCGCCGUUCCACGAGUCACAGGAUUCUCCAUUGUCUCCUACAACCAGCCUUAAAUUUCAGCCGCGAGACACGCAGCGUCGUGCUGGCCAUAUCCACGCCGAGCAGAAGCGGCGUUAUAACAUAAAGAAUGGAUUUGACACUCUGCACGCGCUCAUACCACAGCUUCAGCAAAAUCCCAACGCCAAGUUAAGUAAGGCGGCCAUGCUACAAAAGGGAGCAGACCACAUAAAGCAACUGCGACAGGAGCGCAAUGUUUUAAAGGAUAAAAUUGAAGCUUUGCGCUUGGAGCGAGACGAGCUAAACAAUUCGCUGACGCACCUUCACUCAAUUUUGCCAGCUAAUGGAGCGCCUGUAACGAGGCAGGGUACAGAACAUGUUCGGCAGCUCUACGACAUUUAUGUACGAUACAAUACAAUGAACGACUGGAAGUUUUGGAUUUUGGGUCUCAUUCUGGAACCUUUGCUUGCCUCUUACACGUCAACAGUCUCGAGUGCUAGUCUUGAUGAGCUACGCCGGACCGCUUUCCUCUGGGUUGAUCAGCACUGUUCCCUUAUUGAUCUUCGUCCAGCUGUUACAAAUAAAUUAAAGUAUCUAUCUAUGCAUACGGAUAUUGUAUCGGAGCCACCAAGUACAUUGCAAGAGGAGGUGGCCAAAGCCCUCCAGAAUUCAAGUGGCCAGCAUCCAAAUCUACACGGCCCCUAACGAUUGAUGCUGAUGUCCGUGAUAUGAAUUUAUUUAAUUCAAUCUUUAUUUUAACAAAUAAUUUCUGCAAACUGCUCAGCACUAAUUGUACAAAAUGCCUAAUAAGCAUAUUUUUAUACAAGAAAUGGGCAGCCGACAACCAAUAAAUACGCAAAGCAGCAACUAGUGCCUAGAUUCUUGACUUAAGCGUAUAAUAAACUAACGAUUUUACAAAA